AUGCUGCCCGCGGCUGCUGCGAUGAAGCUCGCACAGGAGUCGAACACCUCUUCGAGCCUUCGCAGCUCGGCUCAGCUCGCUGGAGCGGAGGUUCACGGUGCUCUCAUCGAUCGCUCCUCGUCUCACAGGGCCGCCUCCAGACAGCAAGAGCUCGAUGCCGCGGUGUCAGCAAAGGGGAUCCCGAUCGUCUCCGAUGUGGGGAAUGCCAUGGCCUCAGGGGGCGAGGCCUUCGUCGACGGCGUGUCCUCUGGAGCCGAGGUGGUCGGCAACGAGGUUGUGAGUGCCGGCACCCAAACCCUGAACACGCUUGAGGAUGCAGGCAUGGCGGUGGGCACCGCUGCCGCAAACGGAGCCGUCGUCGUCGGGAAUGGAAUUGCGGAAGGGGCCGAAAGCACAUUCAAUGCCGUAGCACCGCACGUCGUGAGCUUUGGGAACAGCCUGGGAGAAGCAGCAGUGUCAGUGGGCAACGAAGUGGCCGAGCUCGGGGAGAGGGUUGUAGACGAAACGGUGACACUGGCAGGUACGGUAUUGGAUCACGCCAAGAAAGGGGUUGAGCAGGGCGCCAAAAUGGUCAACAAAGUCGGGAAGGCGAUUGGCGACAAGAUGACAGAGCUAGGAGAGGAGGUUGCCAAGCUUGGGCCAAUCAUUGCAGGCCUGGCGAAAUCCGCCUGGAAUGAAAUCAAAGACUUCGUCAGCUGCCUUGCAGAAGGCUUGACACUCUGCUCCGUCUUGAUCGGUGAGUAUUGCGACUGCAACGCAGGCAGCUACAUCAAGUUUUCGACCGACAGCAUGGACAUGAGAUGCAUCUUCAAGGUGAGCGCUGACUUUGGGAAGGGCUACGGGGUGACAGCGACUUCCGGGGGGCAGUUCGGCGUGAUUACCGAGAAUGGCCGGAUCACGCUUCCUGGAGACGAGCUCGAACAAAGCUUCAAGGCGGCGGGGUCACCCCUCAGAGCCCGCAAAGCCAUGGACGACUAUUUAUCGCCCGCACCAUCAGGGUCCUGUGAAACCAGCUUGGAGGUGGCUGUUGAUGGCGUGGUGCAAUUUGCACCGGACCUAAUGGUCACCGUGAACACCGAUGGCGACACCAAGAUGACGAUCAGUGGGAGCGUUCGCUCAUCGAUUGAUUCCCUUGUCAGGGGGCAGGGCAGCUGCUCCUUCACGGCCGAGAAGCGCUUUCCCAAGAAGCCCCUGAAGAAGGUCAUUUGCGCCAAAGCCUUCUGCCUGGUCAUCGCACUACAGAUGGUCGCUGAGCUGGAGAUGACAGGCACGCUGACCGGAACCAUCACGACCUCCUCCGAAGUGGACUUCAACAUCUACGGCACGGUGGACGUCAACCCCAAGGGUGAGGCCGAUGUGUCCUUCAACACCCCGGAGAUUACGCAUCAGGAGGGCUGGGCGAUUGGUGCCAGUGCAUUGGCCUCGGUGCGCGUGGGCGCCGGACCCGUCCUCACGGUCUGGCCCAUGCCCGGCGUGCCCGUGAAUUUCAAGCCCAUGUUCAACGCGCAAGCCCAAGCCCAGGGCACUCUGGAGUACAAGUCGUACGUGUCACUCCUCCAGGACUCCCAGAGUGUCCUGGCUGGGACAGACUCCAACAUGACCUCCGUCGUCAGCGAGAACAUGACCUUGGAGAGGGCCCCGAGGGAGCUGAGCAUGUGCAAUGCGGCUGCGCUGUCAAUCUACGCCGACGCGGACAUCACGGCCUUCGCGCUGCCACCCGCGAUCCGGGGCCAUUUCUCGACCAAUGUCAUCAAGGAGGCCCUGGAGAAAGCUGUGAUGGCCGGUGCAACAGCCCUGUUGAACGUAAUGAAUGGCGUGGCGAAGUGCGUGCCGGGCAUGGACAAAGUGACAGAGAAAAUAAACGCCGCGGCCACCGCUGCCAAAGGCGCAUUGUCGUCUCUCAUCCCCAGCCUCAACCUGGACUUCAAUCUGAAGUCCAUUGUGCUGAUGGCCCCUGAGACGUUUUGGUGCAAAGAGGUCUACACGACACCUGGCUUUGAUACGGCUCCCUGUGCGGCGGAGCUGGGGUGCAAGACCGCCGGCCGUUCCUCCGAACCCGGGAACGAAGUGCCUCCUCCCGAGCAGUUCGAAAAGGUUGAAAGGCAGACCGAAUAUUCGUCGAAAUGCUACGAUAUCCCCAUGGGAGACAACUUCAUUCAGCUUGGAGAUUGGCGCUUGGCUGCCAUUGACUACAACCACUUCUCGAUCUCGCACAGGGAGCUUGGCUCAGGAAUCAAGACGGCGCAAAUCUUCCGGAGCGAUGGCACCCUUCACCCCGGUCCUCGCAGUGACUGGGGCGCAUGGCACUUGCACAAGGGCGGGCAGACCAUUCAGAUCUACCGUCAGGAUGGCACGCUGCAUCCCGGACCCCGUACCGACUGGAGCACCUGGGAUCGCCGGGUGGGGAAUCCUGUGGGGAUCACAUUCGGGGACAGGUUCGUGCAGCUGGGAAAUUUCCGGCUUGGGGAUGCGGACGGGGGCCACUUCCUGGUGUCUCACAUCAACGGAUGGACGUGCCAGAUCUACCGUUGGGAUGGCACCCGGCACCCCGGGCCUCGCAGAGGGUGGGGCCCUCGCCUUCUGCACCGAAAGCCCAUGGCCUGGAGCUGCGAGGGUAUCGCAGAGAUGGCCUUCGGACCCUGUGAUUCGGACUUCGGAACAUUUGGUGACCGCUUCAUCCAGCUCGGGCAGUGGCGCAUUGCGGCCAUUGAUGCCAACCACUUCUCUGUGUCCCACAAAGGUGGCAAGACUGCGCAGAUCUACCGCAGCGAUGGGACCCUUCACCCUGGGCCCCGCUCAGAUUUCGGCUCCUGGAACCGUCCCACCGGCUUCCCCUACGGCAUCACCUUCGGCCCCGGCUUCAUUCAGAUCGGGAACUUCCGCUUGGCAGCCAUGGAUGACACCCACUUCACCGUCUCUCACCGUUACCAUGGUGGGCGGACGGCCCAGAUCUACAGGAGCGACGCCACCCUGCACCCUGGGCCGAGGUCUGACUGGGAUGCCUGGGGCCUCAGCGCGGGGCCGCCUACUGGCAUCACGUUCGGGGAUCGCUUCCUUCAGAUUGGGAAGUUCCGCCUCGGUGAUGCGGACGGAGGACACCUGGUCUUGACCCACGAGAACGGCAAGAGCCUUCAGAUCUUUAGGUCCGAUGGCCAUGUGGUCCCGGUCCAGACACACCGCACUGCCGUGAUCAAUGCUCGUCCUGCCCACCAGCACUGCAGGAGCAUCUAUGCGGUCCUAGGCUCUUGUCCCGGAAUUGCAACGGGUGAGAACUUCAUGGAGAUUGGCGACUGGCGUCUCGCCGCCAUCGAUGGCAACCACUUCUCUGUGUCACACAGGGAUGGCAAGACUGCGCAGAUCUACCGCAGCGACGGAACUCGCCAUCCAGGGCCCCGCAACGACUGGGGUAGCUGGAGUUGGGAGCCCAAGAAAACCGGCUCGCACGGAAAGGUGCACUUUGGCGACCAUUUCAUCCAAUUCGGCAACUUCCGGAUGGGUGCUGUGGACGACAACCACUUCUCCAUCUCCCACAACGGCGGCAAGACGAUCCAGAUUUUCCGUUCGGAUGGCACCUUACAUCCCGGACCUCGUGCUGACUUCGGCUUGUGGCACCACUCCCGCCCCAUUCUGGACGUACCUUUGGGCAUCACCUUCGGCGAUCGCUUUGUGCAGAUCGGAAAGUUCCGAGUUGGGGACGUGGACGGCCGGCACUUCUCCGUCGCGCACGUGGGCGGAAGGACCAUGCAGAUCUUCCGAGAAGAUGGGACUUUGCACCCCGGCCCACGCAGCGACUUCACAACGGUUGGUCGCCCAAUGCAUGAGUGCAGGGUUGCGGAUGUGGAGCUGUAA